CUUUGACCCCGCCCUUUGAAAUCACGACACACUUCCCCAGUCCACGUUUCCCACCUCUGUGCUGCGCUGAGGGGAUCUGCCAAGCGUGUCCUCUGACAAAAUGACUCCUGCAGUACAUUUUAUGGUUGCUUUCCUAAUAUAUCCCUGUUUCAGCACAAUAGAAUAUUCUAGGAGAAACGUGUCUUGCAGCGACAUAAAAAUACAAGGUGGCUUCAAUUUCUCACACGGGUGCCCCGUUGGAGCGGAGGUUUUCGUUUCUGACAAUGAGAUUCUUAUUGCUAAAGCUGAACUUGGCAAACCGUAUGAGCUUUUACGUGAAGUGGUCAUGGACAACAAUUCAGUUAUAACAAAAGAAUGCAGAGCCCUGAAAAUAAAAUGCAUUAUUCCUCAUGGUAUCUAUUUAGAAGAGACCCGAUUGAUUCUUCAACCGAUUGAGGGAAUUAAGAAACCUGAUCCAGAUGCCUCAUCAUCCGAGAGGCUCAGCAGUGGGGGGAACUUGGUUUGGAGUAAGUGUUCCAUAGUCUUUUUCAGUGUGAUAUUCGGGAUCAUUGGGAUCAUUGGGAUCAUUGGGAUCAUUGUUCUUUAUUGCCGUUACCUCUCUUGGAAAAGGGAAAUGAAUGUCACGAGGCGGCGAGAAGCAGCUACCUUCUGUGGGUUUUGUACAGACCUGGUGACUCACUGUGCUCUCAGGAAGCAGAUUUCCUGUACAGGGUGUUCGGAGACAGGAGAAACUAGCUCGGCUGAAGUGCAGUCUGCCCCUGAGCCUCAUGGAAGUGGUGAAAAUGAUGUGGAGCAAGACGUUCACAGUAUUGUUUCAGGGUCUGACUGCAAGACUCCUCAUACCCGUAGUCUGGACCGCAACUCUAGCAACGGGGGAAUCUGCCCAACCAACGACGCUGGCAUAAUCGCCCUUGAUGACAACAGAGCCCAUUACCAUCGAGCCAUGAACAGGAAACUGAGAGAUGAUCCAGGAGGAGCCUGUUAUGUCACGGGACAAGAAUUUGUGAGAGCCGACUUCCGAGGUUCUGACGUGACAGGUGAAGCCGUACCUUUGGUGGACAUGGGCGGCUUGGUCCAAGACCAGGUCAGCAGGUGCUUUGUUGCAUUGGACACUGAUGUGGAGUCAAGGCCCAAGAUGAAGAAUGUUGGAAAUAACUGAUUGAUAUAAUCAACAACACUAAUAAUGAUGAUGAUAAUGGUGAUAAUAAUAAUAAUAAUAAUAGCCUAUAUUAUAUAUACAACAGUAAGUUUUCUCACAGUCAGGUUUGGGUACAUUUACUGGCAGUUCCUUUCAGAUGAAGCCAAGAACGUUUGUGUAAAUUACAGCAUAGCGUGAUCGAUGCAAUGAAAGACACUGGUCUCAUAAAAUAAUAACAAUAAUGAUAAUGGGAGCUUUAUUAUUGAGAGUAUUAAAUGCUUGGCUUGUUGAAAGGAUGGGUGGACCAUCAGAAAAUGUACCCAAUGCACAGCUGUGAGACAACUUAAUAUUAAUAUACUCAUAACAGAUAUGUAAAAUGUACACUAUUAUUAAAUGUUUAUAAAGCAGCCAAUAUAAAUAUUAUAUAAAAUGUUCCAUUUCAGGGAAUGAAACAGAAUACAAUACAUAUUCCAUAUGGUUUUCUUUUCAUUUUGAAUUUAUACCACGUUUUGCUUCAUUCCAUUAUUGCUGCGAAGUCUGACAUCAUGUUUAUUCUUAUAACCUGAUUCAUAAACAUAGCCCUUUUUUUGCCAUGUUAAAUGUUGGUUAGUCACGGUGCCCGCAUUAGUGAAUUUAGAGUUCUUGUGAUUCUGUGUUUUAGUUUUACUGUCUAUAUACUUUCGAUUGCUUUUAAUUGAUCAGUUUCAAUAUAUUAUAAUGGCAUUAAGUAUAUUAAAGUAUUGAAAUUUGUUGCCAUUGAUUUUACAAUGAUUUCAUUGCCUGUUUCCUUCGGUCCUGGCUUUUGAAUUAUUGAAGGCAAUACAACACUUGGAGUAUCACAUUCACACCACAUGGGGGCAGUAAUUAGUCAUGUCCUACAACAGUGGGGGACACUGUGGCGACAUGAUUAGGCCUACCUGUGUUGAAUAAUGCAGACGCAAUUAACGCGUAUUUAUUCCAGACAGCAGAAGCUUCAAAAUGCCUGAUUGUACAAACAUCUACAAAAUGCAUACCUUAUUUUUAUGUACUGUAUUUUUAUGAUCAAUCAUCGUUGGUGGAACUUAAAAGGCUUUUGUUUCAAUAAAUCAAUGCACGCUUAUGAUACUG